UCCGGAGGGCCGACAUGGACUCCCACCUCCUCCUGGCAAUCCUACUGUUCUGCUCCGCAGGAGCAGCCUCCUCACCUGAGGCCGCCUUGAAGUCGGUUCGUGUGGGGGAUGCCGUCACACUGCCGGUGACCCUUCCCAAGGGCCAGAAGCUCACCAACCUCCUCCUGAGGGACUCCUUGAGAAAACAAGCCAUCGCCAUCUGGAUGGAGUCCAAAGUGAUCACGAUUCUAGACAUUGACUACGCCAACCGGGUGGCCUUCCAGGAAGACCAGAUGGCCUUCAGAAUUGCCAACCUCAGCUUGGGCGACGGGACCACCUACGAAAUCUCCACCAGCUUCAGCACUCCCACACCAGAACUGCUCAGCAGCUUUCGGGUGGCCGUAUUCAACAUCACCAAAAGGGUCUCCUCCUUGGGGAAUGAUUCCUGCUACAUUUAUCUGGACUGUGAGGCAGGGAUGGGGCAUGGUCAGAGAGUGACCUACACCUGGAAGGACACCGAGGCCGGCACCACCCUGAGCCAGGCGUCCUGGCUCACUCAGCUGGUGCACCGCAACCAGAGGAAGGCCUACACCUGCAUGGCCCAGACCUCUACCGCCCAGAUGUCCUUCAGCCUCGUCCUCCAGCACUCCUGUAUUCCCAACACUGCAAGUCCAGGACCCUGGGCGCUGGGCUCUCUCCUGGUCAGAGGACUCCUGGUGCCCACCCUGGCUGCUGCUCUGCUGCUGCUGUGACCCAAGAAGACCCUGGGCGGCUGCUUCCCCCGGCCGGCUGGCCCCCAGCCGCUUAAAUGGGGCAGCCGAAAGGGCCUGACGAAAGCUUAUCGUGGCACCAGCCCUUCCGGGUAGACCAAGUCAAGCAACGCUCCAGAGGGGACUCUUCUUUCCUUGAGAAAGGCUAGAAUCAGAGAAUUUUAUAAUGGCUUCUUUUAUUCCAGGGAAUCCGCAGCUCUUCUAAGCCAUGUUUAAUCAGCUUCAGCCCCUUUGCUUGUUUCAUGGGCCUCGACACCCCUCGAGGCAUCUCCACGCCAGCCCACCCUCGGGCCCCCACAUGCUGGCACAGGGGGUCCCUGUAGCGCCAGUUCUUAAGGCCGGAGGAGCAACCUGUCCGUUGAUUGAAAAGCCGCUUUUCUCCCUGUUUCCAGAUGAGCAUCGGUUGUGUCUAAGUGCUUCGGGAGGGGCCCUUUGCCUGAUGUUACCCAUUAAAAGA